GGAUCCACAUCCCAAUCUUAAGAAAUAAACAGUAAAAGAGAACAGAUGAAUUCAUGUCUUCAUCAUUCUCUCAAGCCCAAUAUCUCACUUUCACUUAUAUCUGUUAAAUAUAGUACAACCUGGUUCUAACAAUUCUCCCAUCUCUUCUUGUCAAAGCAGGCUUCAUUCACCAUUUCUUUUCUUUUUUGGAAGUCUGGAGACUAAUGGGUGUUCCAAGUAUUCCCAGCCCUCCACAACUUUAUCCUAAAGCACUUCAACUCAAACUCUACCAAGCCUUCAUAUUUUCAGUCCCAAUCCUCUUCUCAAUAAUUCUGUUCCUCUUGUUUUACCUCUUUUACCUCAAGAGAAGAACCUCUAAUCACUCAUCUCCUCCAACAAUCCUUCCAUGGAGAUUGAAUCAAGCCACUCCCUCGCCUUUUGAAGUCGACUUGAAAGAGGAACUCAAAAUCAAGCUUUCCAUAAUCAUAUUUGAUGAGGAUGCAAGGUCCAGAGAAUCACAGUGUUGUGUGUGCCUGGGAGAUUUCGAGAUGAAAGAGCAAUUGCACCAGAUUCCAUCAUGCAAUCAUAUAUUCCACAUUGACUGCAUUCAUCACUGGCUCCAGGAAAACACUACAUGUCCACUUUGUCGAGGUUCCGUCCUUGUGACUGCUAAGAGGAAAUCUUACUCUUCAGAUGUACCACCACCCAGUGGAUUGAACUUGCAACAAGAGAUGGAUACUGAAGCUGCUCAUCAAACACAACUGGAAUCUUCUGAACCACAACAAGCUAGCAUGAGUAGUACUAUCAUCGGUUUUACCGGCGAAGAUCAGUUGGGACAAAUUGAAGGAUCAAUCAAUGAAAGAACGCAUCUAACAGCAGAACCCAGUAACUUGCAAGAUUCGUCAGUCUCCACAGACAAUGGAACUGAAUAUUCGCGUCAAGACUCAGUUGUUGUUCAGAUAUCAAUGUAUACUUCAUAAUUUUGUGAUGUUUUAGGCAAUUUUGGGGAAAGAACUGAGUUAUGGAUAUACUAAAAGUUAUGUGCUUCAUAGACAUCCUGUCCUCUAUCAAUCCUUUUCAGCAGUUGAGACUUGAAAGUUGAAACUGUAGAUGUCCUCUC